UUCAAGUAAACUCGAUACGGUUAGCCGUUUAAUAGCGAUCAUGAAAUUGUUGGUGUUGUGUGCGUUCGUAGCUGUGGUGGCGGCCGCCCCUCAGAAUAUUCAGGAUGUUCAAAUCCUACGUUACGACCUGAACAACGAUGGACUAGGCGCCUACAAUUACGUGUUCGAACAAACCGACGGUACUGGUCAUAAUGAAUACGGAGAGCUCAGGAACGCUGGCUCUGAAGAUGAGUUCGUUGCAGUAAGAGGUUCCUACUCCUGGGUCGGCCCCGAUGGUGUCACCUAUACCGUGAACUACGUCGCUGAUGAGAACGGCUUCCAGCCCACCAUCGAGCAAGGACCCGGUGGUGCCGUACCCUCAGCGGUCGUCGCCUCACUCCUCGGUUAAAGUAUUAUUAGUAAAAUUAGUAUAAUUUGUUAAAUAAAAGUCAUAGUUAAGGUUUAUUUUCAA